AUGGAUUGGACAUACGUUCAAGCCUGCACGAGCAAUCACUACCUACCCGCAACGACCAUCCAGAUCAAGUCGGAAGCCAAGGGAGGAAUGACAUCGAUCCUCAUCAUGACGCGCACAUUCGAUUCCAGUGCGACGGGCGACCUGAACCACAAUGCUACUUUUCUCGAGCACAACAGCUACUGGAACAUAUUCGUUGGAACGGAGGGUGCCAACGCUUCAUCAACAGAGUACUCCAACGGCCUAGACCCUUUCUCUGGCUUCGACAUCCCCUUCUGGUUCGAUCAAGAGCAGCAUUGGGAUUUCACAUAG